UCCUCCCCUCUCCCUCUACACUCCCCUCUCCUCCGUCCUCCGCUGGCAGUCAGUUGAGCGAGCGUGCAGGAGGCGGCAGGCAGCUGCCGGAGGAGCGAGCUGGGAGGCGACUCCAGCCUCCUCUCCCGCACAUUCAGCCUCCUGUACGAUGGAAACUAACCGGCGGCGGAGCAGAAGGGAUGGAGGGCAGAGCUGGCGGGUGCGCAGGUCGGCAGGGGUCAUGAGGGUGUCGGAGGCCCUGCUCACUGUGCAGAGCAGCUGAAGCAGACAUGGGCACAGCGGUCCUGGAUGGCAUCGGUUGGCUCCGCCUCUUUGACGUCAACAGCCGCGACCACCACAGGCUCCAGAACAAGUGCUCCGUAUUCGCCAGCAUCUCCCUGUAAGACUUUGCCAUGAGAAUGUCCGACAUCGCGGACACUGAAACGAUGAAGGUUCCCCAGGCCGCCGACACACCCGCAAAAGACAACACCACCAAGUCCGAGGUCUGCGAGCCGAGCCAGAGCAGCAGAGAGGAGCACGGCGGCAGCAAUAAGGACACUCAGCCCGUGAAGUACUCCAAGUCCAACACCAGGCUAAAGCUCGUACGGAGCCUGGCGGUGUGUGAAGAGUCGUUCCCUUGUGCUAUUCCCGAGCCUUCAGCAACACCUCAGGAUGGAUUCCUUCAGCCACCCACUGAAAAUGAGGAACGUGGUGCCAAAGACCAAGCUGAAAAGGAAGGUGGCUGCGACAAGGUGGACAAACCAGAGAAAGCACCAAGGAAAAUGCUGUCGAGAGAUUCCAGUCAAGACUACACGGAUUCCACCGGUAUAGACCUCCACGAGUUCCUGGUCAGCACAUUAAAGGGCAACCCCAGGGAUCGAAUCAUGCUGCUGAAGUUGGAACAGGACAUCUUGGAUUUCAUCAGUAAUAAUGAAAGCCAGAAGAGGAAGUUCCCCCCCAUGACGUCCUACCACCGGAUGCUGCUGCACCGAGUAGCAGCCUACUUUGGUAUGGACCACAACGUGGACCCCAGUGGAAAGUCAGUGGUCAUCAACAAGACCAUCAACACUAGAAUACCCGAUCAGAAAUUCUCGGAGCACAUUAAGGGUGACAGGGCGGACGAUUUUCAGAAACGCUACAUUCUCAAACGAGACAACUCCAGCUUUGAUCGAGACGACAGCACGAUCCGAAUGCGUUUGAAAGCUGACAAGAGGAGCAAAUCGAUGGAGGAGAGGGAGGAGGAGUACCAGCGAGCCAGAGAAAGGAUUUUUGCACAUGAUGGUGAUCACUUUAUAUUGGAUAGAAGCGCACAGGAGGAACACUCAUGCAUGAGCACUCAGCAGAGGCGGCAAAUGUUCAGAUCACGAGCCGGCCUGUCCAGCGCCAGCCGGCAGAGCAGUUCGGAGACGGAGACGCUGCUCCGGCACGGUGAGCCUCGGCCGUGGAGCAGCACGGACAGCUCGGACAGUUCCAACCGGCUCGCCCCGAGGCCCGCCAUCACCAAGGCCAGCAGCUUCAGCGGCAUCUCUGCGGGCCUGGUCCGCGGGGACAGCACGGCCAGCAGCAAGAGCACCGGCAGGCUCUCCAAAACAGGAUCGGAAUCGUGCAGCAGCGUGGGAUCCUCGUCCAGCUCCCUGUCCCGUCCUCAGCUGCCCCUCCCGGUUCCGGUGUCCUCUCGGUCCAACCCCCCCAGCGCCCCUCCAGCUCACCACGGCAUCAACGCCAGAGGACCCUCUGACAAAAGCGUCCCCUCCCAGCCGGCAGCUUCCAUUCCCGACACCACCAACUACUACGUGUUGCCGCUAGAAGCCUCGGGGAUUCCACCUGGCAGCGUCCUGGUCCAUCCACACACAGGUAAGCCUUUCAUCCACCCUGAUGGCAGCGCGGUUGUCUUUAACCCGACCAGCGUCGGCCCAGCUGCCGGCCGAGUCCCGCAGCAGGGGAAAACGCGGCCGAUCCCUGCAGCGCCGCAGCAGCAGCAGCCGACCAAUCACCUACACACACAGCCAGUCUGUCCUCCUCUUCAGCUGUCCUCUGAGCCUGUCCACAGCCCAGCGGUCUCUUACCCUCCUCAGUUCCUGCCCUUCUGUCCUCCUCACCUACAAUACACUGUGCCCGAAGCCCUCAACAGCCAGUUCAGUCACAUGACUCUGUCGCAGCAGCCGUUAGGGGAGGGCGGGGCUCCGCAUCCCGAUGGGCGCCACUACUCCUCCGUCUACAACCCCCACCCCUCCGCCGUGAUGCUGCAGGGAGCACCGCCUCAGCAGGUGGCGGGGUUCAUGGUAGCAGGGCCAUCAGGGGGGCACCCGGGGGUGCUGCAGGGUCAGCACGUCCCCAUCCCCACGCCGGGCCAGAACUCGCUGUACCCCAGCUCUGGCCCCGCCCCUUUUCCUGCAACUGCACCUCCGCUGCUCCAGCAGCACGCCUACGUCCAGCAGCCGCUGCAACAGAUGUCCGCCUGUUACUGCUCCUCAGCACACCACCCGCCGUGCUCCAACCAGCAGCAGCAGUACCGACCCCACCCCAACCAACUGACCUACAACUGCCCUCAGAGCCAAAACCUGCCCCAGCAACAAGUGCACCAAGCCGUGAUGCCAAACCCAGCGUCCAGCUACCAGACCGUAGUGGGCGUCCAGCCAACACCCAACCUCGCUCUCGCUGGAAACCAGCAAAGCAAUAUGGCCAGCCAGAUGCAAGGCAUGAUGGUCCAGUACCCUCCUAUGCCCUCCUAUCAGCAGGUUUCUGUUCCGCAGCAGACAUACCAGCAGCCGGUGUUCAUGUCCUGCCAGCCGGGCCAGGGGCCAGUGGCUGUCUCUGGUGUGCAGCCCUGCUACAGCCUGCUCUCCCCCACCCAGCACACCACCAUGAGUUCAACAGUAAGUUUCCUGCCCUCCCCAAUGAUGGAGCCGCUCCAGUUUCCUCAGGCCUCGUCUCCCUGCCUCCCCCAGCAGCACCCGGGCCAACCCUACACAGGCUUGUUGCCGCCGGCGCCCGGCAGCGGCGUGGUGAUGCUGCAGAUGUCGGUGCCCUCCUGCCAGCAGCCUCGAGCCCCCUCCCCCUGCCAGAGGAAGCAGCCUGGACACAAACACUCUGAGCGGAGCCGGCGGCCCGCUGAACUCCCUCCGACUCCGGACAACAUCCAGAGCAGCCUACGCUCGUCGCCGGCGCUCACCCCCUCGCUGUGCCCACCCUCCAGCAUCAAGGGCCUCCCGACAGGCGUCCCGCCCUUCCCCGUCCUGUCCCACCAACUCCCCGCCGCCUUCUGCCACAGUGGACAAGGUGAAGCGCACUACUCUCUACUGGGCCAGCCGCUGCAGUACAAACCCUCCAUCAGACCUCCUCUGAUCCACGCUGCUCACAUGGUCACCAAACAUCAGGGUCCUCUGGGAGUUUGGCGUAGCGGUCAUGGCAGGAAGACCAACAGGAAACCUUUGUCUUCAGAUCUCAGUGUAGUGAGAAGUCCGGUCCUGGAAGUGAGGGGCGCUCCAGAGGGGAUCAGCUGCUCAGACUCCCAGCAGUCCCCCGGCUGAGUUCGGUACAGGCAGCCAUCCGCAGCACGACCAGAGACGCUCCCAGGGAACUUCACCACAGCUCAUCGUUUUUCACCCCCACUGGCAGCGGGGACCUCGGCCAACGCUAAGCUCUGAGCUAGCGCCGGAGACAAAGAGGAAGCUGCCUCCAUCUGGACCGCCUCCCAGAUUCUGUCCAAAACGAACAAAAACACACCAGAAGUUUGGAAAGCGAACGUUGACUUUCAUUUUGUUUUAGUUCAUUUUUAUCUUUAGUUUCUCUGGUUUGUGCUGAACUCAGAUCUGUUCUAAACGUCUCUGAAAGCUUUGGGUUUUAUCCGCCAGCUGGUUCUACGAGGUUUUCACCCACCUUUCAUACGAGCGUUCCCAUCAACACCAGUGGGCGACGUUUAUCUCCGCUCUGCCCCCAGCGACGCCUCGCCGCGGUCCCGCCGGGCGCACACACGCCUGCACCGCACAGAACACUGAGGACCGGAUUUACUACCUUCAUUAUUUAAAGUUAAACACAUUGAAUGUUCCAUUUGCACUGAAACGUUGAUCCAGAUGAGAGGUUUGGUUGUCAUUCAGGGCCUGGAUUUUCUUUUUAUGAAGCCGUCAUACCUGUUUGUUGCACUCGGCCAGGCCUCUUUGUUUUAUAUAAUAAAUUAAAAAUGUUUGUAUGCACAAGAAAAAUGCAA